UCUACUCUUUAAAUAAUCGUCAAUACUUAGAAUCGAUUAAUAUUUAUUACUAUGGACGAUAUAAUCAAUCGACUUAAAAACAAAGACAAGGCUGUUCAACAAAAAGCGGCUUUAGAGCUUCGACUUUUGGUCGAAGGACAACCUAAUUUAUUAAAUGAAGCCAAUAAGCGAAUUUUUGAAUUGAUGCAGGGAGAUACUCCAGACAAAAUUGGUGGCAUUCUUGCAAUUGACUCGUUGAUAAAUAAUAAUAUCGAAACGACAACUCUUUCCCGUUUUACGAAUUACUUAAAAAUGGUUCUUCCAAGCGGUGAUCAACAAAUAAUGAUUUUAGCAUCUAAAGCAUUAGGCAAGCUGGCUGCGCCAAGUGGUGCCGUAACAGCUAUAUUUGUGUCGCGAGAAGUAAAUACAGCUUUGGAGUAUUUGCAAGGUGACCGAAAUGAAUCGCGUCGGUAUGCUGCUGCCCUUGUAUUACGAGAAUUAGCGCAAAACGCGCCAACUUUAAUAUAUACUUAUGUAUCAUCAAUUUUGGACAAUAUAUGGGUUGGAUUACGAGAUCAAAAACAGAUAAUUCGAGAGGCUUCUGCAGAGACUUUAAGUGCAUGUUUGAAAAUUGUAUAUGAGCGUGAAAGUUCAAUGAGGAUUCAAUGGUAUACAAAAAUAUAUGAUGAAGCAUCAAGAAAUUUAAAGCCCGGUAAUGCUGAUCAAAUUCAUGGGGCAUUAUUAGCAUAUCGAGAAUUAUUACAUCAUGCAAAAUCGUUUAUGCAUGAAAGGUAUAAGAAUGUGUGUGAAACUGUGCUUCGCUAUAAAGAUCAUCGUGAUGGUCUUAUUCGGAGAACUGUGAUUUCUUUAAUACCGGUUCUUGCAGAAUUUGACAACAAGGAAUUUGUCGCUACAUAUGUUCACAAAUGCAUGCUAUAUUUAUUAGCACAACUCAAAAAAGAAAGAGACAGAUCUAUAUCUUUUAUUGCUAUAGGACAAGUGGCUAUAGCCGUAGGUAGUAAUAUAGGUCCAUAUUUAGAUGGCAUAUUAAGCAAUAUUAAGGAAGGGCUUACACCUAAAGCACGAAACCGCGGCGGUAACGAAGCUCCAUUAUUUCAAUGUAUUGGGAUGUUGGCGCGUGCUGUUGGUCAGGCACUUACCAUGCAUAUGCAUGAACUGUUGGAUUUAAUGUUUGCAUGUGGGUUAAGUGAACCAUUGCGACAAGCUUUAAUGGAGCUGGCCGUAUUUAUUCCUCCUUUGUUACCGAAUAUUCAAGAACGUCUUCUGAAUAUGUUAUCUACAAUUCUUAGCGGACAAACAUUUCGUGCCCCUGGAUCACCUGCAUCCGAAGGACCUGACUUAAGACGUCACCUUAAAACUGAUAUAUCAGAAAUGAAAGAUGUAGAGACGGUAACAUUAGCUCUUAAGACACUCGGGAGUUUCAAUUUUGAAGGCCACAUUUUAAAUGAGUUUGUAAGAGAUUGUGUAGUUCGGUAUCUUGAGCAAGAUAACCAUGGAGUACGAGAAGCAGCUGCAUUGACUUGCUGUCAGUUAUUUGCUCGAGAUCCAAUACUGGACCAAACUAGUAAUCACGCUAUUUUAGUAGUUAAUGAAGUAUUGGAAAAGCUUUUAACAGUUGGUGUUGCAGAUCCUGAUCCGAAUAUUAGAGAGACUGUGUUGAAAAAUCUCAAUGAGAGAUUUGAUAAACACUUGGCACAAGCUGAAAAUAUUCGAUCGUUGUUCCUUGCUUUGAAUGAUGAAAUUUUUACUAUUCGAGAAAUUACAAUUACCAUUAUAGGUCGUCUUGCUUCCCAUAAUCCAGCAUACGUAAUGCCAUCAUUACGUAAAACGCUCAUUCAGCUUCUUACGGAGCUAGAAUAUUCCAGCGUGAGCCGUAAUAAAGAAGAAAGUGCACGACUGUUGAGUCUUUUGGUCUCGGCUUCACAAAGGUUAAUAAAACCUUAUGUAGAAUCGAUAUUAAAAGCCCUUUUACCGAGAUCUCGUGAUCCAAACCCUGCUGUAGCAUCAAGUGUAUUAGCUGCACUUGGUGAGUUAGCGCGUGUUGGAGGUGAAGAUUUAACACCAUAUUUGGAUAAUUUGAUGCCUUUGAUAAUUGAUGCUCUCCAAGAUCAAAGUUCAACUGUAAAACGAGACGCUGCACUUAAAACUUUGGGACAACUUACAAGCAACACCGGUUUUGUAAUUGAGCCAUAUCAAAAAUAUCCUCAAUUACUUUCUAUUCUAAUCAACAUUUUAAAGACUGAACAGUCACCUUCCAUCAGACGCGAAACUGUUAAAUUAGUGGGAAUUCUCGGAGCAUUAGAUCCUUAUCGUCAUAAGAUAACGAUUGCUUCAUCCGAAGAUUCGUUAUCGGAUCCUAAAACAACAAAUACAGAUGUGACACUUUUAAUGAUAGGUUUAGGGCCUUCUUCAGAAGAUUACUAUCCAACCGUAGUUAUUAAUGCAUUAAUGAAAAUUCUUCGAGAUUCUUCAUUAAAUGCCCAUCACACCGCUGUUAUUGAAGCUGUAAUGUAUAUUUUCAAAACAUUAAGCUUGAAAUGUGUUCCCUUCUUACCACAGAUUACACCUGCGUUCUUAGGAGUGAUGCGUACGUGCCCCUCCGGCAUGCUUGAAUUCUAUUUCCAGCAAUUAGGUAUCCUGGUUUCUAUUGUUCAACAACACAUCAGGAAUUAUCUUUCCGAUAUUUUUGCUUUGGUUGAGAAUUUCUGGAAUCCAAGUUCCACAAUUCAGAUAACAAUUAUUAACCUUGUUGAAGAAAUUGCCAAGGCUCUUGAUGGUGAAUUUAAAAAUCAUUUGCCAGUGUUAUUGCCUAUAAUGUUACAAAUAUUUGACCAAGAUAAGAGUGAAAAGCGUCAGCCAACUCUUAAAGUAUUGCAUGCUCUUGUAGUAUUUGGUACAAAUAUUGAAGAAUAUAUGCAUCUUGUUAUCCCUGUUGUUGUCAAGCUUUUUGAGAAGCCAGAUGUACCACUUCAACUUCGCAAAGCAGCAGUUCAAACUAUUGGUUCAAUGUCUAAAAAAGUUAAUUUUUCGGAUCAUGCAUCUAGAAUAAUUCAUCCAUUAGCUCGUGUGUUAGCACUUCCAUAUGGUGAUUUGAGGAUAGCUGCAAUGGAAACGCUUUGCGCUCUUGUUUUUCAACUCGGAUCGGACUAUGCUAUAUUUAUUCCAAUGAUAAAUAAAGUAAUUCUGAAACAUCGUAUACAAAAUAAUGAUUAUGAGAUUCUAGUUUCGAAACUUCUUAAAGGAGAACCAUUACCGCAAGAAUUUGGAAGUGAAGAAAGAUUUAAUGAAUCAAGAGCAGAAGAAACGCCCGCAGCAGAAACAAAUGCUAAAAAAUUGCCAGUCAACCAGCAGCAUUUGAAAAAUGCAUGGGAAUGUUCUCAAAGAUCUACUAAAGAUGAUUGGCAUGAAUGGAUACGUAGAUUAAGUGUGGAAUUACUUAAAGAAUCUCCAUCACAUGCUCUUAGAGCGUGUGCAAGUUUAGCUGGCGUUUAUCAUCAACUUGCGAGAGAAUUAUUUAAUGCAGGAUUCAUAUCUUGUUGGUCUGAAUUAUACUACCAAUAUAAGGAUGAAUUAGUAAGUUCUUUAAUGUCUGCAUUGAGAGCACCAAAUAUUCCUGCAGAAAUUGUUUCGACCAUUUUAAAUUUGGCUGAAUUUAUGGAACAUUAUGAUAAACCUCUUCCGAUUGACAUAAAAACACUCGGUAAUCACGCAGAAAACUGUCAUGCGUAUGCUAAAGCCCUUCACUAUAAGGAAUUGGAAUUUAUAAGUGAAGCGUCCACAGAAACAAUUGAAAAAUUGAUUCAAAUCAAUAAUCAACUACAAUUACCAGAUGCUGCCAUAGGUAUACUUACACAUGCACAACAGAAUCCAAAUUUACAGGAUUUGCAAUUAAAAGAAAAUUGGUACGAAAAGUUGAAUCGUUGGGAGGAUGCUUUGACAGCAUAUGAGAAAAGGCGAACUGAUGAUCCAAAUGAUUUUGAAGCAACUCUUGGUGUGAUGCGUUGCUUACACUCACUGGGUAAUUGGGAUGGGCUUUCCGAACUUGUCCAAGAAAAAUGGCCCGAAUCGGAUAUUACAAAUCGCAAGUCAAUGGCUACUUUCGCAGCUGCUGGUGCAUGGUCUUUAGGCCAGUGGAGUUUAAUGGAGGAUUACAUUGAAAAUAUUAAGCCCGAUAACUAUUAUAGACCAUUCUAUCAAGCUAUUAUUGCUUUACAUAAGAACCAAUAUUCCGAGGCUGUUCGUCACAUUGAUAAAACUCGAGAUUUAUUAGACACAGAAUUGACAGCUCUCGUUGGAGAAAGUUAUAAUCGAGCCUACAAUGUUGUAGUUCGUGUUCAAAUGUUAGCGGAAUUAGAAGAAAUAAUAACAUACAAACAAUAUGCAGAUCAGCCUGAUCGCCAGGCAACCAUCCGAAAAACUUGGAUGAAGAGACUUAAAGGGUGCCAACGUAACGUGGAUGUUUGGCAACAAAUUCUCAAAGUUCGCACAUUGGUAAUUUCACCAAAGGAAAAUAUGGAAAUGUGGAUUAAAUUUGCUAAUUUAUGCCGUAAGAGCGAUCGUCUUGAGUUAGCGGAAAAAACAUUAAGACAACUUUUAGUUGGCGAUCAAAAAUUGGAAGUUAUUCAUUCAUCGAUUCUUGCGAGAGCUUCACCGCAAGUUGUCUACGCACACUUAAAAUGGAUGUGGGCUAGUGGAGUUCGUGAAGAAGCUUUAGGCUAUUUACGUGAUUUCACGACAAGAAUGUCUAAUGAUCAUCACCGAGUCGGCAACACUGGUUUACUCGCACGCUGUUGCCUUAAGAAAGGAGAAUGGCAGAAAGUUUUACAGGAUGAUUGGGAUAGAGAAACUAUUCCAGAUAUCUUGCAAUCAUAUUUACUCGCAACACAAUAUGAUAAAGAAUGGUAUAAAGCUUGGCAUGCAUGGGCUCUCGCAAAUUUUGAGGUCAUUUCUUUUUAUGAGAAAUCUAACUCUACCGAAAAUAAUACGCCGGCCGAUCAAAAUAUUACAGUCACUGAAGAAGUUAACGGGGAUAUUCAUCAAGAAGUGUUACGUUAUGUAGUACCAUCUGUUCAAGGUUUCUUUAAAUCAAUCGCUCUUUCAAGGGGUAAUUGUUUGCAAGAUACUUUGCGGUUGCUUACUCUUUGGUUCAAAUAUGGCUAUCAAGAAGAAGUAUGCAAUGCUAUUAAAGAAGGAUUCAGUAAUGUCAAUAUUGAUACAUGGCUUGAAGUUAUUCCACAGCUUAUUGCACGCAUUCACGCUCCAAAUCAACAAGUGCGCCGUCUUAUUCACGAUUUGCUAGCCGAGGUCGGAAAGGAGCAUCCUCAGGCUUUGAUUUAUCCUCUUACUGUCGCUUCGAAAUCUCCGAGUUCUUAUCGACAAACCGCUGCUGAAUCAGUUAUGGAUAAACUACGUGCACAUAGUGCUGUUCUCGUCGAUCAGGCUUUACUCGUUAGUCAAGAACUUAUUCGUGUUGCGAUCCUAUGGCAUGAAAUAUGGAUGGAAAAUCUGGAAGAAGCCUCUCGUCUAUUCUUUAUUGAACGUAACUUCGAAGCUAUGUUCAAUAUAUUGGAUGAAUUGCAGGAACGCCUUGAUCGUGGUCCUGAAACUUUGCGAGAAGUAGCUUUUGUACAAGCAUAUGGAAGGGAACUUCAAGAAGCUGGUGGAUGGUGUAAGAAAUACAAGCAAACGGGAGAUAUGACUUUCUUAUCUCAAGCCUGGCAAAUAUAUCACGAGAUGUUUAAAAAAAUAACUGCACAAGUGGGAACUAUUACUACUCUUGAACUUCAAUAUGUUUCUCCGAAAUUACUAGCAGCGAGAGAUUUAGAACUAGCAGUUCCAGGUACAUACAAAAGCGGAGAACCUGUAACCAAAAUAGCAAGCUUUAUAUCUACAGUCAAUAUUAUUUCUUCUAAACAGCGCCCUAGAAAACUAAAUUUGAUUGGUAAUGAUGGCAAAGAAUAUCAAUUCUUGUUAAAAGGUCACGAAGAUUUACGACAAGACGAACGUGUAAUGCAAUUAUUCGGCUUGGUUAAUACUCUCCUCUCCGUAGACUCUGAGACAUUUAAGAGACAUUUACACAUACAAAGAUAUACUGUUACUCCUCUCACACCUAACAUCGGUCUUUUAGGAUGGGUACCAAAUUGUGACACUCUUCACGCUCUAAUUCGCGAUUAUCGUGAGAGCAAAAAAAUCCUCCUUAAUAUAGAACAUCGUUUAAUGCUACAGAUGGCACCCGAUUAUGAUCAAUGCACUAUAAUUGAAAAAGUGGAAGUGUUCGAAUUUGCCCUAGCUAAUACAACAGGCCAAGAUCUAUAUAAAGUUUUAUGGCUUAAGAGUAAAAACUCUGAGGCAUGGUUGGAGCGACGUACUAAUUAUACUCGAUCCUUAGCACUAAUGUCAAUGGUUGGCUAUAUCCUUGGAUUGGGAGAUAGACAUCCAUCAAAUAUCAUGCUUGAUCGUUAUACAGGGAAGAUUGUGCAUAUUGAUUUUGGUGAUUGUUUCGAGGUUGCGAUGACUCGUGAAAAAUAUCCAGAAAAAAUUCCAUUCCGUUUAACGCGCAUGUUAGUUAAUGCAAUGGAAGUAAGUGGUAUAGAAGGGAAUUUCCGUACUACAUGUGAAGCCGUGAUGAGUGUAUUACGAAAGAACAAGGAAAGUUUAAUGGCUGUUCUUGAGGCUUUCGUACAUGAUCCUUUAAUAAAUUGGAGAAUUAUGGCUAAUCCGAGUCCAAGACAAGAUGGCGAAAACAUGCAUGCAGUAGCAGGUUCAAGCAAUCGUCGUGCCCGUGAUAUAAUUAAUCGUAUUUCAAAUAAGUUAACAGGCAAAGAUUUUAAACCGAAUCAAGUAUUAGAUGUGCCUUCACAGGUUGAAAAAUUAAUUCAACAAGCAAUUUCAGUUGAGAAUCUGUGUCAAUGCUAUAUCGGAUGGUGUGCCUUCUGGUAAUUGAGGAUUUACCAUUGUGUUGGUGUACGAAAUUUUAAUUAUCGAUUACGCAAGAAUGCCUACUUGGCUUAAGAAACAUUAGAAUUGUACAAUAUUAUACACUAGAAAUUUUGAAAUUAUGGAUAAUCGUUUAUUAUAUUAUUUAUAUAUAAUACGGAAAUUAAUUUAUUAAUCACCCGCAUAUUACUAAUCAAAUAUAAUUAGUAACAUUCACUAUUUAAUAUCAGUGUAACAUCUAUACAAUGUAGCGAUCGCUGACAAAGCGAUCGAGAGAAGAAUCAGUACUAGAUAAAUUUCUAAGCUAUUGAUUGUUCAAAUAAAUUAAGCUUCACAUUUAACAAUUUUCUUGUGAUAUUCCGAAAU